AGUUGUUUCUAGCCCGGUAUCCGAAAUUGCAGUAUACGACUUGACCAGUCCCCCUUUGGUCGUCAUGGCGUCAGUGAGCGGCAGGCCAAUACUUGCUUCCCUGAGGAGCUACUCCAUGGCCAGACAUAUCUUACCGAGGGGUCACCAUGUUCCUCGUGUGGCAAAAGCAUUAUGCAGUUCUUCAGCAAAGAUCAACAACGUGAAUUCCAUAACCAGCGAAACCAGUCCAGAUACCCCGAAGUCAUAUGUGCGGGACUCUUCAUUUGAGCAGAUGCAUAUGGAAACUUCACAAAUAGACAUGCCCAUUGAAAUGCACAACCCUUAUGAGAGAGAGAAGAUUUGCUGUCUUCUUUGCAAGUACAACAUACGUCUUGAUUUUAAGAAUGCAAGGCUACUGUCUCAGUUUGUGUCCCCAUAUACUGGAAAAAUCUAUGGGCGGAAUAUUACUCGCUUGUGUCAAAGACAACAGGCUGAGCUGGAAAGAGAAGUAGAGAAAAGUAUAAAUGCAGGAUACAUGGCUGUGAAGCUGAAAAAUGUAGAGUUCUUGAAGGAUCCCAAGUUGUUUGAUCCCAACAAUCCUCUGAGACCUCAUAAUUAUUAGUAACCCCAAAUAACUGUGCUACUAGUGACUAAUAAUUAUGCAAAUACUGUGCACCAUUUUUGUAUUUGCAUAUCAAACUGUAAAUAUGUUCCUAAUUG